AUGAGAUUGGACGACUUGUCGGCUGCCAGCGCCGGUGGCUAUUUCGACCUUUCCAAUGCCUGCGACGAAGGCUACCGAGACCACUCGCCCUCCUCUCCGCUGUCCAUCAGAAUCCCCUCGGGCCCCAGCAUGACCGAUACCGCCUUCACUGCCUUGCAGUACCUACCCAUGCCCGUCUUGGUCCUCUCGAGCGAGAAAACGGUUGUGCUUGCCAAUGAGGCUUUGGGUAGACUACUUGGUAUAGACUUGCAGCAACAAACAACACCAGACAACACUGGAGCGAACGAGCACGAGGAGGUCAGAAGUGCCAGCGAUGUCUUGGCUGGUGUGCCCAUGGACUGCCUCGGUAUGGACCUUCUCCAGAACGCGAAUCCCGUGUGGAUGCGAUGGGAAGACUUCCUCAACUCUAUCAAACAAGAUGCCAUCGAUGCCAGUGCCCAGUCAGAAGGCAAGUCUGACGGUGGUGACAUUACACCCACUGCAGAGACAUACGACGGUUCAGCAGCUGUGCAAUCAAGUCCUGUACCUUUGACACGCGCCAAUCUCGCCCGUACCACUGUACAUGACGCCGCCGUCGAUGUUGUCUUCUCCACCAACCGCAGCCCCAUCACAGGUCUUCCGCGCACCAAGGAGGUCAAUCACGAUGCAUCGGGCCACAUCCAGGCCACCGUCAUCAUUACUGUCUGGUCUGCCGAUGAUGUAGAUUACUAUACUUUGGUCUUCACCUCUGCCGCCGAGACCCAAUCUUCCUCCUCCCGCUCGAGCCAUCGAACCGUUGCCAGAACCCACACCACCUUCUCCUCUGGUUUGGGCUCUGGAUCGAGCUCUAGUUCGAGUGGUCGUCGCACUCAACACCAACAUCGUACAAGUCUUUCUGGCAGUCCCUCGGUGUUUGCUCCCUCAACUUUGCCAAGUGGACCCCCUUCCCUAACCGCCUCUGCUGCUGCGCCGUCGCUGUUUUCAAAGUCCAAUCGUCUAAAAGAUGCUCUAUUGAAUUCAUUGAGUGACCCGGCUUUUGCAAUGUGGAAGGAUGAGAGUUUUGGAAUUCCUAACAAAGCCGCGAUAAGAAUGGUCUACCCAGACAGCGAUGAUAGCCCCACUGGAGUCCGGGACCAGCGCGAUUUCCUCUCAAACUACAUUCUAUGGAAGGAAGAUUUCUCUGAAUUACUACCUAUGAGCGAAUUCCCUAUCAUGCAUCUCAUGACGACACAAAAGCGAUACACCGGCAGACGUGUCGGCAUGCACCAUCCCAAGACAGGCGCGAGGAUAAUCUACGAUGUUGACGGCGAAACAAUCAACGACAACAAAACUGGCGAAUUCCUUGGCGGUCUUGUCAUUUUCCACAAUGUUACUGAAUAUGCCAAUACUAUCACUGCUCAGAAAGUACAGAACGAACGUCAGUUUGAGGACAUUACCAAUAUGAUUCCACAGAUGAUCUGGACGACAACUCCAACCGGUCAGCACGACUACUUCUCGGCGAGAUGGUACGAAUACACUGGUCUUACGCCUGAGCAGAGUUUGGGCAAUGGAUGGGAGCUCCCCUUCCAUCCAGAUGAUAUGGGUCUGACAGUCAAAAGAUGGACGCACAGUCUUAUGAGUGGAGAGGAAUACAGAACAGAAUAUAGAUGUCGUUCUGGCGAUGGUGAGUGGCGCUGGAUGCUAGGACGAGCUGUGCCAAUGAAGGAUGACAACGGCAAAAUUGUCAAAUGGUGA